AUAUGAUUGUCAGUAUACAGGCACUGUGUGUGUGUGCCUGUGUUUAUGUGAGUGUGUACGUGUCUGUUGAAUAUAUAUACACGUCCAAUGAAGAAAAUACUUGACUUGAAGGGGAUAUUAUUCUAUUUUCAAGCCCUGUACUAAUACUCGUGUCAGGAAUCUGGACUAAACAUAUUUAUAAUCUAUAUCAAGAAGUGCAGCUCACCACAACCACCACCACCACCACCACCACCAUUAUGGAUUGUGGUGGGGUCGUGAAGAGGGGAAGAAGGGGAAUGAUGGAGGUGUCUCUCUUCUUCCCCAUCAUCAUCACCGCCACCCUAUCCCUUUGACCUCCCCAACUACUACUACUACUACUACCUACUACUACUACUACUACUACUACUACUACUACCACUGCGGCUUCGUUUGCUGCAGUGUUGGUAUCUUAUAAUCUGCAAGGGAUAGUUCAACCUCCUCCUCCUCCUCCUCCUCUUCCUCCUCCUCCUCCUCCUCAGUUUUAAAGGAAGAGCGACGAAGGAAGGAAGGAAGGAAGAAAGAAAGAAGACAAAGUGAAACAAGAAAGAAAGAAACUCAGACUGAAAGAUAAAGAAAAAGAUAAAUAGUUAAGAGAAGAGCAAACCGGAGGCAACUUGAAUAAAGAAAAAAGAGAGAAAGAAAAAAAAAGAAAGGAAUAAGAAGAGAGAGAAAAGAGUUGAUUAGUUUCUCUUCUUUUCUUUCUCUUUCUCCCCCCGUGUGUGUGUGUGUGUGUGUGUGUGUUGGAAAGAGAAAGAGAGAGAAGGAAGGAACGAAAUAAAUAAAGAAAGACAGAUAAAUAAGAGGAAAAGAGAAGGAAAAUAGGAAGUAAGAAAGAACGACGAAAGAGGAAGAGGGAAAAAAAGAAAUAGAGAAAGAUAAGAAACAAUAACGGACUAAAAACAAAAGAAAGUAAAGAAAAACAAAGAAAAUAACUUGCCUGAAAUAUUAAAGAGCACCAGAACGCGAAAAGUAGGACAAAAAAAAGGAGAAAAAGAAAAGGACAAGUUAGACCUCACCUUCAAUUCUCUCUUAUCUUGUUACUGUGUUCGUUUGUGUGUUAACUUACCCGUCUAUCUAUCUAUCUAUCUGUCUAUUUAUCUAUUUAUUUAUCUAUUUAUUUGCGUAGCUUUCUAUUUGCUCUCUACCAUUACUACUACUACUACUACUACUACUACUACUACUACUACUACUACUAUCACCACCAUUACCACCACCUAGUUCUCAUUCUCAACAACCACAACCACUCUUCACCACCACCUUCAUCACCACCGUCAUCACCACCACCACCACCACUUCGAUGUCCUCACCCACUCACCAUUUGGACUGGCUGUGGUCGGUUCUUACCCACACCCACUCCACCACCUCCACUUCCUCCUCCUCCUCCACCCCCUCCUCCUCCUCCUCCACCCACUUCUCCAGACAGCAGGCCUUGGCUUGGCUCUGUAACUUCGCUGUCCUCCUGCUGAUCUCCACGGCUGCCCAGACUAACCUCCCGGCAGUCUCCACUACCUCCAGUUAUCCCUCAGGUCCUCCUCCUCCUUCUUCUUCGCUUGUUUCUCCUUCCUCCUCCUCCUCCUCUUCGGUAUCUUCAGCUCCUCGUUCUCCUCCUCCUCCCUCCUUCGUUUCUUCGGGUUCUGUGACUUCGACUCCAACUUCAGUCUUAUCUCCGUUGAAUUCUUCGUCUGCUUCGUCGCCUUCUUCGGGUUCCUUGACAUCGAACUCCACGCCAACGACUUCAAUCUUCUCUCCGUUGAAUUCUUCUUCGGGUUCUUUGACAUCGAACUCACCGCUAACGACUUCGAUCUUUUCUUCGGCUCCAAACUUCACCUCGAUCUCGCUCUCUGCACCUUCCUCGCCCUCCUCGACCUCGGCCUUCAAGUCAUCCUCAGCCUCAACCACGUUCUCGAAUUCAGCCUCCUCGACCUUCUUCUCGUCCUCGGCCUCAAUGGGGGAGCUCGAGGUGGUUCGGCUGGUCCUCGCGGGCGCCAUCCUCGUCUUCUGGGCUGGCUUUUGGAUGGUCCACCUCAUCGGCAUCAUCUAUGGCUACCGCCGCUUGCACCGAAGGAGAGGCGUGGAGGGAGCCGGAGGGGAGAAGGGCGCCAUGGGUGUCAGCAUUCUCAAACCCCUCGUUGGCAACCCCAUGGACCCGAACCUCAUGACCAACCUCGAGACGUUCUUCACCAUGCAGUACCCCAAGUACGAGUUGCUAUUUUGCAUUCAAGAGGAGGGCGACCCCAGCAUCAUGGUCGUGCAGCAGCUCAUGAAGAAACACCCCCACGUGGACGCCUCAUUCUUCGUGGGAGGCAAGGAGGUCGGUGUUAACCCCAAGAUCAACAACAUGCAGCCGGGGUACAUGGCAGCCAAGCACGAGCUCCUGCUGGUGUCGGACUCUGGGGUGAUGAUGAAAGAGGACACACUAAGUGACAUGGUGGCCCACAUGACGCCUGAUGUGGGUAUCGUCCACCAAAUGCCAUUCUGCUGUGACCGAAAGGGCUGGCCGGCCAUACUGGAGAAGGUGUACUUCGGCACAAGCCACGCCAGGAUGUACCUCUUCCUGGGCCUGCUGGAUGCCCUGCGGCUGCGCGUCAACUGUUGCACUGGCAUGUCCUGUCUCAUGAGGAAGAAGGUGCUGGAUGAGGCAGGAGGUAUCAGUGCCUUCGGGAUCUACCUGGCGGAGGACUACUUCUUCGCCAAGUUCAUCCAGGACCGAGGCUGGGGCAUCCGCAUUGCCUCACAGCCGGCCUGGCAGAACACCGGCACCUGUAGGGUCAAGACUUUCCUCUCUCGGCUGACAAGGUGGUGCAAGCUGCGAGUGGCGAUGGUGCCGCACACAAUCCUCCUGGAGCCAGUGAGUGAGUGCAUGGUGCUGGGCCUGGUGGCGUCCUGGGCUGGCACGGUGCUGCUGCGCGCCGACUACCUCACCUUCUUCCUCUUCCACACCCUCACCUGGUCUUUAGCCGACUGGGUCAUGCUCAACAUCGUGCAGAACGGCCCUCCACCCUUCACCAAGUUCGAGUUCGUCAUCAGCUGGCUCUUUCGGGAGGUGAGUGCCCUCUUCAUCUUCCUUCACGCCCUCUGGAACCCCGUCAUCAGCUGGCGCGACGGAUCCUUUAAGCUGCGCUGGUUUGGGGUGGCCGAGCCCAUCAACAGCAGAGUGGUCGUCUGAACCUCCCCAAGACUGUUCCUGGUGCUGCGCUACUCUGGGAUGGUGGCUAAGGGGGCGGCGCUACUCUGAGGAGUGCCGCUGCCUGUAUGGAGGAGUCGUAGGAGUCGUGCAUCUUCCCAGGGGGUCAAAAAUGUCAAAUGUCCCUCUGGAGUGCUGGUAUUCUCCUAUUUAUGACACUGCUAACUGGGAGACUUUGGUACUCCUCCUGGUGGGCUUAACAUCUUCCUAAAGGGUUUUAUGAUCCUCUAAAGGGUGUUACUGUCCUCUAAGGAUAGCUAAUGUCCUCCAAAGGGGUUGUUUUCGUUCCCCGAGCAGUGACGUGGCAGCGAGGUGGAGGCAUAACAUCACACAGCAGAAAGACACGCCGAGUGAAGUGGACGUCCUACUGAGUCACGUCCGGGACUCUGAUCAACACCACACACGCAGGCAGACAUACACACAUGCAGCUCCUCUGGUCCAUAUUGUGACUGUGGCUGUGAUGGUGUGGCUGUGGCUGUGGUGGUGACUCAUGUGGGACUGGUGACUAAGAGAAAGAAAGGGAAGACAAAACCAAGAGGCAAGAAAUAAGAAUUACAGAAAGGAUGAAGAUAAGAGUGGGGAACGGACGAAAACUAGGAAAGAAAUGUGAAAAUAGCCACGAAAAGAACUAUAAUAAAAACUAGGAAAAGAAACAAGAAAAUAAUUAAUAACCAGGAUGAAAAUGAGGAUAACUACCAAGGCAAAACAAGUGUUCCGUGUGUCCUAUUUUGUCACCAGUGUGAAUUGACUCUCCCUAACACAGACACACAAACAGGACAGUGGCGCCAUAAACACUAACUGACAAGGAGGCUAAACGUGACUCUGGCCCUCUUGAUUGGUGCCUCCAGUGACUCUUGGGGAUAAAGGAGAGUGGGGUCACGUCCUCGGCCUUCUCCUCCCUCUAGUCAUUGUUUUGUUGUUGCGGGGUUGUGGUGUUGUGCCUGCCUAACCCUUCCGCCAGGACCCAGAGCUCAGUGACCGCCGCCAACGAGAAGAUCUGCAAUAAUAUAGCUUGUUACGACCACCCGCAAAGUAAUUUUGUUCCGUGCGCUCGUUAUCGUGGACGCUGCUUGUGGUUUGACACCGGGCGACUUGGCAACUACUGAACAAGACAUUGGACUGCCCUGGUGACCGUGUAAGUCGACCAGCACUACGCCCCUGUCGAGAGAGGAGAGCGCGAGGGUCUGGAAGGUGGCGCAAGUGAUGUCGCGGCUACUUAGAGCAAGACAAGGGCGGCCAACCAUGCUGUCCCCCACACAUUCCGUCCUCCUCAACGGCUGCCAACGUGAGGGUCGUCGAUCAUAACCACUGCUGCUGCCGUCACCGCUGCACUCAGGACGCUGCCGCAGGAAAUGGUGCCCUCCAAGACGACUUUAUUUUCCUGUAGUGUAGAGUCCAACGCGCUCGCUGGUUCAGAGACGCUGAGAGGUGCGGCUGACGAACGGAACUUGUGCAGUGUGAUGAGCCGAGACUAUGAAGGAAAUUAUGAAUACACAGUAAAUAAAUGAAUCUCCCUGAAGUGGUGAAGUCAGGGGGAGUGUAUGAGCUGCAUUUAGCGGAGAAACAAGUGGAGUAAUGAGGCUGUACUUAACCCAGUAGCAGCGACGGGCCAUAUAUGUGGCUUUACCGUGUAUCAGUGACGGGCCAAAUUCUUGCCUUGACAUAAACCCCCCAAAAUAGAGGAUACAUAAACUGAUCACAAAUGCGUUGAUACAUAUAAUGGUUUGCGUGAGUGCUGAUUUUUUCUCAUUAAUUCGCUUAGAGGGGUCUUUAAGAAACAUGAACGCCGCAGCUACCGGGUUAAAAGCGGAUGCCAGCAAAGUGGUGCCAGUUGCGAGUGAUGCACGAGUUAAAAAUUAGAAUCGCCUGGGCAUAGAUUGGAGAGCUUAAGAGAGGGCACAGCUAAAAGAGAGUGUGCGUGCAUAUGUGUGUGUGAGUGUACUUGUUUGUGUGUGUGUGUGUGUGUGUGAGAGGAGGUGGCA